CCGUGCAUUACCAUUGUCAAGCAAAGUCAGAUAUGGGAUCUUUAGCGAGUCUGCCAGGAGAUCCAAGUCCAUCCCUCGAGGAGAUAAAAGCGCGCCAAGACAUAGAGAUAGCUGCUGUGCGAGCCCGACAGGAUGCAGAGGUAGCUGCUGCACGAGUCCGGCAGGAUGCAGAGGUAGCUGCUGAGCGAGUCCAACAGGACGCAGAGGUAGCUGCUGAGCGAGCCCGACAGGAUGCUGCCAGAGCACAAAUCUAUAAGGUGACGAUGAUGGUCCAGACCGUACAAGAACAAGCCAAACGAGACGCCCAGGCCGCCCAGGAGCAGGCCAAGAAACUACAGGAGGCUGCCGAUGAGGGGAAGAGGAAGGCGACUGCCGCUCAGGAGGUGGCCAACGCAUGGAAGAAAGUGGCAGAAGAGCAAGUGAAGGCGGCUAAUGCCGCAAAGGAGGGGGCUGAACGCAAGUUGAAAGAAGGUAUUCGACCUGUGGUGACUCCCACGCCUGAAGAAGUUAGCGCUGCCAAGCAGAAAGUUCAAUAUCGCGAUGACCUUUUCCACAUCGCAGUAGCUGGGAUGGAAGGAGGAGGGAAAUCAUCUCUCAUCAAUGCCUUCCGCGGUUUGCGUGAUAAGGACAUUGGAUCUGCUGUCACUGGCAUUAUCGAGAGAACGUUAGUCAUGGCUAGAUACCCUCACCCCAAUGCGGAAUACCCUCUUGUCUUGUACGAUUUCCCGGGCGCCGGCACGCUCAAAAUCCCAGACUGGCAGUACUUCAACACUCAUGGACUUUACGUCUUCGACAGCAUCAUCAUCCUGUUCGACAAUCGCUUCACCAUGGUCGACAUCGACAUCCUCACCAACUGCAGGCGUUUCAAGAUCCCCGCGUAUAUCGUGCGCUCUAAGGCAGAUCAGCACAUCUGUAACAUCAUGAAGGACAUGGGGUACGAUAGCGAUGACGAUGAGAGCGAGGACCAGAGGAAGAAGCUUUACCAGGCUGCACGGCAGCAGUUCAUUCAGCAGACGCACCAGAGCUUGAAAGGCAACCUGGAGAAUGCCAACAUACCUGACCAAAGGGUUUACAUUGUUUCGAAUAAAACGAUGCUCGAUGUCGUGAAGGGAAACCGGCCGAAGAAGGUCAUCGACGAGAUUGAGUUGCUGAACGACUUAAUCGGAGAAGCUCAGACCAGGCGAGCACGCCGUGACGCUGAAGCAGCAACCAUUAUGAAUUUAACAGAUCUAUUUGGGCAUAAGCGUCAGGCAUGGCCAGCGCUCAGUCCACCACUCGAGGAGAUAAAAAGGCGCCGUGAUGCAGAGGCAGCUGCUGAGCAAGCCCGAAAGGAUGCUGAGGCUGCCAGAGCACAGAUCGCCGAGCUCAUCAAGUCAAAUCAAGAAUCGCGGGAAAGGGCUAUGGCGGCGGGCCGCUGAGCAAGCAGCCUUACACUUAAGAUCAGGCCCGCAGGGAAAUGGAGGCGAUGGUCCGAGUCAAGGCAGAACAUGCCGCCAACGAGACUCGCUUACAGGCGGAAGCGGCUGCUCGUACCGUCAGCGAAGCCAGAUAGAGAACAGCGGAAGUCCAGGAACUACCAGAGUCGUGCCACCACCAGUAAACUGAGGGAGCCCUGAGAAAGAUAUAUUCAUAAUCACCAGCUGCCGAUCAGUAUAAUUCUGUUAC